GGUAUAUGCGCGCAUGCGCGCUAGGGCUCCGCUCCGCCCACGCUGCAGGCGGCGAGCAACCGCUGCCGCGCUCGGUGGGAGUCAAGGUUUUCACAUCCCUUCUAUGAGUUUUGCCAUCUGUAGCUUUUACCAACAAUUGUGGUUUAAUCAAUUAGAAAUAGAGACGAGUCAUUAACCAGGAGAAAAUGUCAAAUCUAAAAAUGAAAGAGGCGGCCCUCAUCUAUCUUGACAGAAGUGGAGGCCUCCAAAAGUUUAUAGAUGAUUGCAAGUACUACAAUGAUUCAAAACAAAGCUAUGCUGUCUAUCGAUUCAAAAUUUUAAUAAAUCCCUCUGAUGUUGUUGAAUUAGAUGCUGAGCUUGGAAAUCACAUUUUACACCAACCUUUAAAAGCAGCUGAAGUUUUUCAAUCAGUCUGUUUUAUUGCUGUUAAGACUCUCUCAUUAAUUGGACAAUUGCAGACUGAAACACAAAUUAAUAUAGUGCUGAAAUUAACACAUUUACCUCCCCUGCCAAGUUAUGGUCUUGAUCUGUGUGAAUUUCCACUUGAUUAUACAUCUCAGAGAUUUUAUAUGAUGCAAGGAAUUGUGAUUGCAAUGACAACUGUAACCAAGUAUACACAAGGUGCAAGAUUUCUUUGUUCAGAUGAAGCAUGCCCUCUUUCAAAAGGAUUUCAGUAUAUAAGAGUGCAUGUGCCUGGUGCUACAGAAUCUGCAACAAUAAGAAAUGACUUUUUGUGUAAUCUAUGUGCAUCUUCACUUCAAGAAGACAGAAAAUUUAGAGUACUUGGUGAUAAACAAAUAGUUGAAAUAAUUGCCACAAAGGGACUUCAUGCUUUUCAAGGACAUUCUAACAAUCAGCCAUUUAGGUUUCAAUCUGUUACAAUUUUCCUAAGAGAUGAAUCAGUGAAUAAAAUGAAUAUAGGAAAUGAAUAUAAAAUUAUUGGAAUUCCAACCUGUGUAAAAGCUUCACAAACUGCUGUCUGUAUAGAAGCAAAUAGCAUAACUUUUUGUAAUUCAAAAGUUCCUUCAGGAAUUAGUGACAAUUUCAGGUGUCUCCUCUCCUUAACUUCCAGCUCAUGCUGGAAGUUUACAGCAAUUCUUGCCAAUAUCUUUGCAUCACAAAUUACCCCUCCUGGGACUUACAAUUUGCUCAAGCUGUGUUUGUUGAUGAGUCUAGUACAGACAACUGACCGUAACAAGGAACUAGAAGAUUGCCUGGAUAUUUUAAUUAUAACAAGUGAUACUCUACUCAUAGACAGGCUUCUGAAUUUUAGCAUAAACCUUGUUCCCCGUGGCAUACGUCAUCUAGUCUCUACUGAAAUUUUUCCCACUCUAUCCAGGAAUAAGUAUGGAACUGGAGCAGUUAGCAUUCAGGCUGGCAGUGCUUUGCUAGCUAAAGGUGGUAUCUGCUUUAUAGGAGACUUGGCCUCACACAAAAAAGAUAAACUUGAACAGCUUCAAUCAGUUCUGGAGAGCAGAAACAUCACAGUGUACAUCCCAGGAAAGAAGUUUGGAGAGGAUACUGAUCAACAGAUGACUUUUCCAGUUCAGUGCAGUUUUUGGUCUUUUGUUGAUAUGGAUUCAUCUUCAAGGAGAAAUGCACAGAAAAUCAACACUCUAAUUGGUCAGAUGGAUUGCAGUUUGAUUCCAGCUAACCUUGUGGAGGCAUUUGGUUUAUUGAUUAACUGUAAUGAGUCAUCUCCCUGCCACCCAUUUCUUUCUACUGUGCAACAUACUUUGAAGAAAGCCAUUAAUCCUGAAGGGCUGCUUUAUGCGGCUUCUAGACAGUUCACAACUGAAGAUUUUGAAAAGCUACUGGCUUUUGCAAAGAAUUUGAAUGUAGAAUUCAGCUUGGAAGCAGAAAGAAUGACUCAUGGCUAUUAUCUAGCAAGUCGCAGAAUCAGAACAGACUCUAUAUGUGGAUCAAAACUGUCGGCAUCUGCAUUAAAAUAUCUCGUUUUCCUAUCUGAAGCCCAUGCACGACUGAACUUAAGGAAUAAAGUGCUUAAAGAAGAUGUGCUGAUUGCAGCCUUACUAUUUGAAACAUCCCUCACAUUGAAAUAUGGGGCCACUGCAUUUUGUGUUGCUCCAAAUGCAGUAUUUCCAUUUGAACUGUAUAAUGAAGAAUACUUAGAGCAAAGGGAUCUCUAUCUAACUCAGUGCCAACAACAGCUGGAACAAUUUAUUGCCACAUAUGGACCUGGGACAACUAUUUUCUCUAGUGAUGAAUAAACAAUUUGAGGAAUUUUUGUUCAUUCCUACUUAAGCAGUGGAGAAAAAGUGUGAGUAUUUUGAGAGUGACUUUGAACUAAUGCUUUGAUAAUACUUUGUACAGGAAUAUAUUAGAAUACUAUUUUUAAAAAUAUAAAAUAUAGUCCCCUCAAAACUAAUUGCUAAUGUGAUAAAUACUAAUCCAAACCUCUAAAACCAACAGAAUUUUAAAACUUAGAACAAUGUGGACAAUUUAAUAGUGAUAAAGUUGUCAAGGAGAAUACU